UUUAUUUUGAUAUAUUUUUUUUUAUUUUAAAAAAAUAAAUACCCAAAUGAAAACAUUUUGGGAAAGUAGAUAAGGGGGAAGACAGAAGGCAGAGUGAGCCACAUAAAGAAAUGGCAGCAGCAGUAGCAGGAGGAGGACUAGUGGUGUGCAAUUCCUCCCAUAAACUACGGCUUCCGAGUUUGAAGAAGGCCAAGAUGGCUUCAGACUUAGCAUUUGUUACCUCCCAGUUUGGAGGCAUCAAAAUUUCAUGCACCCACCUUCAAUUGCCGAAUCCCAUCCCUUCUGCUCCUCUCACACUUCCUCUUCGACCUGUCGCCCGUAGAGUGUGCCCCUUCACUGGGAAGAAAGCAAACAAGGCAAACAAGGUUUCCUUCUCAAACCACAAGACGAAAAAGUUGCAGUUUGUAAACCUACAGUACAAGAAGAUCUGGUGGGAAGCAGGGAAGCGCUAUGUGAAACUACGUUUGUCGACCAAGGCGUUGAAGACUAUAGAGAAGAAUGGACUGGAUGCUGUUGCUAAGAAGGCUGGGAUAGAUCUUCGCAAGGAAUAAUGGAUGGCCUAACUCUUUUGCCAUCAACUGUGUUGGUACAGCAUUUUGUUUUUUGUUACAUUGCAAUUUUUCUGUUUGAAUGAAUAGUUUUGUUACUACAGGCUCUAUGAAUAACCUUUUACA